AUGAAACUCCGAUUCGAAGACUCGCCUUAUUGCCCUGGUAUCGUCAAGACACCGAUGUGGGAUCAAAUCGACGACAACUUUUCAAAUGUUCAUGGCGUACCAAAGGGUCAUGCCUUUGAGCAAGCAGUCCAAUCGCGCUCUGCGAUGAAAAAGCCUCAGACUCCAGAGGAUAUUGCCGGCUGCGUCAGCUUCCUUGCAAGUAAAGACUCCGGUAUGAUAACUGGACAAAGCAUAAUUAUUGAUGGAGGCAUUCAGUUCUCUUGA